UAAGGUACGGUACUAUUACGUACCWAUCAUCAACAAGCACUCGUCACCUGACGACAACCAAGUGCGGUACAUAAUGGUUCAUUGAGAAAGCUUGAGGCAUAGGCAUUGUUGACCAUGACAAGAGGGCUACACAACGGUAUCGGUACGAUAAGCGACAACGUUCUGUGAAGGCAUAUCUUGAAACGGUAUAAUCCCAAUUAGAUCCCACCAAAGCUUCGUUAAAGCACAGUUUCAGUCCUUGCUCCAAACAAGAAACGACGAUUGCGAGAACAAAACUAUCGAUUGCGUUAUCGUUGUUUUCGUAGAAAUGACGUACAAAUCGAGGGACCGGUCGCUGACAGAGGUCCUCAUUGCCGUCGUCUUUGUCUGUUUCUUUGUGGGAUUCGUGAGUGURCUCUGUAUAGGAAAUUAUUACAGAGCGAAACGAGCAAUGGAACGGCAGAGGCAGCGACGCCUGGCCCGCCUGGCCGGGAACGCCGGGAACGGAGUAGUUGGGCUCGGGAACACGGAAUCUCCCAGGUCUACCGUUUCCGGGGGGAGCUCCGCGAAUAGCUACGAGCAACGAAACCUCAUCGGAGGAUCAAGCGCAAUAUCGCACCGCCAACAAAAGGACAGCGGGAUGGACCUAUUGCUAGAGCAUCGAUGAAAAGCGACAUUCACGUGGAAAAGAUCGCUACUGGAUGCUUGAAUCAAUAAACUACCCUCUAGUUCUUGGUCGUUCUUUGGAAGUCUCAGCAGUACUAGGGUUUCCAAAAGUGAAAGAAGCCAUCUAUUGAAAUUGCCAUGUAUGAUGAUUUGUCUCGUGGGUCGAGUUCAAAGUGUCCUGCGGUGCCAUUAUUUCGCAUCUCAAGUGAUGUAAUUACUUGUACCUGCUACCUCUUAAUAGCAAUGACAGCGAUAUGAAGAAUACAAGCAAGGAAGAUGAUUGGAUUCUUUUCAUCACCAUUGGCUUUUGGAAGGCUUCUAUCUCCAAACUUCAGUUGUUGGAUCUAAUCGCCGUUGAAACAGACGUAAAAAAUACUUUCUUGUUCGCAAUCGAUCUCCUGUUUUACUACAAUAACAGGUCGUAUUGAACAAGAAUAGAGCCUAGAACUAAGA